AUGAAGCUCCUCGGCAUUCUAUCCAUUAUAUCAGCGGCAACUUCGCUUAGCCUGGAACCCAAUUACACAUCAUCGGCAGGGGUCGAGAUCUUCAAUCCCUCAGUACUAUUCCCACCUACUGGGCCAUGGAGUCUGAUGUCAAAGGCAGGAAACACUGUUUACAUCGCCGGCAUGCGCGGCAUUUACCCAUCUAACAACACCCUUGCUCCGGUGGGUAUUGACCGGAUCCGCCAGGCUUACGCCAACAUGGUCCAACUUGCCGAGCUUGCUGGCACGGAUCGGUUCUCGGCAGUACGUCUUGUUGUCUACACGACCGAUAUGUAUCGGUACAGGCCUUUGUGCAACCAGGCACAGACGGAGCUUUGGGGUAACGACGCCAACAAACACCCCCCUCGGUCGAUCAUUGAAGUCCAGAGGCUGAACGACGAUGACAUUGUAGAGGUGGAAGGAACUUUUCUGGUCGCCUGA